UGCUUGGUGAGAUCACAAUAGAAAAUCAAAAUGGCAAAAUUUAACGCAGACGAAUUAAACGCACCGAAAUGGAUGGAUGAGAAAUUCUUUGAAGAUGUUUUGAAAAAAUAUGAAAAAACUGAUAACAUUUCUGUGACAGAAAUAAAAUUGUCACCAGCAUCAGCUCAAGGUGAUCACUAUGCUAGCAUUAUGUUUAGAUGUGCUGUCACUUAUGACACAAAUAAAUCCAAAGGCAAUACAAAAUCAUUGAUCAUCAAAACAAUGCCAGAAAUUGAUGGUUUCAAAAAGGAUUUCUUAGCAGAGUCACACAUUUUUGAAACAGAAAUACCAAUGUAUGCGGAGACAAUUCCCAAAUUUCAUGCUGAAUUGAAAAAAAUCGAUGAUGAUACAGUACUGGGAUUAGAACCACUGUACCAUUCACUGGAACCUAGGAAAAUAAUUGUUUUUGAAGAUAUAUGUCCAAAAGGAUAUGAAGUCUUACGAAAUAGAAAGAUUACUAUGGAAGAAACUAAAGCGGCAUAUCUAAAGCUGGCCAAAUGGCAUGCUGUGAGCUAUAAACUAGCUGCAGAGGGUGACACAUCAAUAACUAACUACGAAGAGAGUUUCCUUAAUUUUAAAGAUGUCGAACAAAUGCCAUUUUUGUCUUCAGGAUUAGAAAAUUUCAUUGAUAAAUUACAAACUGUUGAAGAUCUUAAGCAGUAUGUUCCAAAACUGCAAGGAAUUAAAAAAGACCUCAUCAAAAGCUGUAUAAGUUCUGGCAAAUCCUAUCGCCAAAAAGGAUCUGAAGGUAUAUUUGUUUUAUGUCAUGGAGAUUUUCAUAGAAAAAACAUGAUGUUUAAAAAAAGUUCUUCUGGUAAAUUUGAAGAUGUUAUGUUGCUUGAUUUCCAAAUAUCAUAUUUUGGACCAGCGAUAUUGGAUGUAUUGUAUGGAAUGUACGUGCUAGCUGACAGAGAUGUUCGUUUAAAUCACUACGAUGAAUUAAUUCAUUUUUAUAGUUCGAAUUUUAUUGAAACUUUGAAAAAAUUAAAAUUUCAAGGGAAUAUUCCUAAAAUUUCUGAUUUCUUUAUUGAAAUAUUGCAUCAUCGGCAUUGGGGUAAAUUAUAUUUAACUUUUUUAUAUUUCAUAGUAAAAAUUAAUGGUUUUUUCAGAAAUGCUUUUAUUUACCUCAUUCUUACCAAUUUGGUAUGCAAUGGAUAGUGGCGAAAUGAAUCCCGAUGAAUUAAUGACCGAUAAUGAACCACGCAGAAGAGCCUACGAUAAUGAAGAGUAUAUGAAUGAAGUACGAAUUCUUUUGCCAAAAAUGUUAUGCAGAGGAUUUUUGGAAUAAAGUGAUUUUUUGUUAUUUAAAUAGACAAAUAUC